GGCCGGCGGCUGGGAGCGGCGAGGCGGCGGCGGCGAGCGGCGGCCCGCGAGGCCCGGGAGGUGGUGGCCGAGGCCCAGGCGGCGGCGGCAGCCCAGGAGGCGGCGGACGGGGAGCGGCGGGAGCAGGCUCGGCUGCAGAAUGCGCGUCCGCCGGGGGCUGCUGCGGCUGCCGCGCCGCUCGCUGCUCGCCGCACUCUUCUUCUUCUCGCUGUCGUCCUCCCUGCUCUACUUCGUCUAUGUGGCGCCCGGCAUAGUGAACACCUACCUCUUCAUGAUGCAGGCUCAAGGCAUUCUGAUCCGGGACAACAUGAGAACCAUCGGAGCUCAGGUUUAUGAGCAGGUGGUUCGGAGUGCUUAUGCCAAGAGGAACAGCAGCGUGAAUGACUCAGAUUAUCCUCUUGACUUGAACCACAGCGAAACCUUCCUACAAACCACAACAUUUCUUCCCGAAGACUUCACCUACUUUGCAAACCAUACCUGCCCUGAGAGGCUCCCUUCCAUGAAGGGCCCAAUAGACAUAAACAUGAGUGAAAUCGCAAUGGACGACAUCCAUGAAAUCUUCUCCAAAGACCCAGCCAUCAAGCUCGGAGGUCACUGGAAGCCUUCGGAUUGCAUGCCUCGAUGGAAGGUGGCGAUCCUCAUCCCUUUCCGGAACCGCCACGAGCACCUCCCAGUCCUGCUCAGACACCUGAUUCCCAUGCUCCAGCGCCAGCGCCUGUGGUUUGCGUUUUAUGUGGUUGAACAGGUCGGCACCCAGCCUUUUAAUCGAGCCAUGCUUUUCAACGUCGGCUUUCAAGAAGCAAUGAAGGAUCUGGACUGGGACUGUCUUAUUUUUCAUGAUGUGGAUCACAUUCCAGAAAGCGAUCGGAACUACUAUGGAUGCGGGCAGAUGCCGAGACACUUCGCAACCAAGCUGGACAAGUAUAUGUACCUGCUUCCUUACACCGAGUUCUUUGGUGGAGUGAGCGGCUUAACGGUGGAGCAGUUCCGGAAGAUCAAUGGCUUCCCAAACGCUUUCUGGGGUUGGGGCGGAGAAGAUGAUGACUUGUGGAACAGAGUACAGAACGCAGGCUACUCCGUGAGCCGGCCAGAAGGCGACACCGGGAAAUACAAAUCUAUUCCUCAUCACCAUCGAGGAGAAGUCCAGUUUCUUGGAAGGUUGGUGCAAUGUGUUUAUCCUUCUCACAAAUACCCUCUGUACUUUGCAUUUGCAGAUGUCCCAGAGCAUGUGGCAACCCCUUGUCUUCCUCCCCACCUCCUCUCUAAGGUCCGGUUCUGGUGGCUGUUGAAUAGUUCCUGGAGAGAUGUUCAUUUACCCGUGAGGCAGGCGCUUGUGUGAAAUCAGAUUAUCGGUGCAAAACUUGAUCAUAGAUCUUUUAAGGAAAUCGGUCACUUGGCGGCUUAAGCUUCAUGGUCUCUUCUGUAGUCUUCAGGGAGUUGGAGAAAAAUCCACUCCUGUUGAAGGUCUCUGUGUAACCUACACCCACACCACAAAGCAGACUGGCGCCCGUCCUGCGAGCUCUGGUUCCGGAAGGGUGGCCCCUGAAAUUCCGUUUGUACUUGCUUUCUUACCACCUUUGCUUCUGAUAAGGAGCUUCCAUACUGGACCGAUUGGGGCAUAUAGAUGGAGGGACAUCUCUGCCUUCCCAGGAGUAGCUUUUUGUCUCGUUAACUGGGAGGAGGCCUGUUCUCCAGACCAUCAGUUCUGACUGCAUGCAUUCUGUUGUCAUGGGAGUAGGAAGGCACCGAAUGCCGACCCUGACCUUCUCAUCUGAUGGAUUUUUAGUAUCUUACCUGCCACUCCCCUGCCCCCUGCCCUUACCUUCGGCAAGUCACUUAACAUCAUGAGCCCUGGCUUCUUCAUUUGCUACGGGGCAGGUACGUUAACUGAAAUGAUGUCAUAAGGAAAGCACCUGGCGUGAAGUAGGAGGUGUUUCCCAUGAUAACAUCUGGCCUGGAGCGGCUGCACGGGUGGGCCAGUCACCCGCCAGGGGACGCAGCGUUGCUGCCCUGAGUUGUGUCCCCUCCCGUGUCUGCCCCGCCCCAUCCCCUGCCAGGAGGACGUGAGCCCCUCACUCGGAGCCACCCCUCUGUUCUCUGCUU